GGUAGAUAACGGCCUCCUGCAAGCCCACCUCGGGUUGCCGAAAGUGCAAACAGGAACCAAUAGCGCCUCGCUCGCGCAAGUCAAUGCGGCCCGGGGAGCUGCUGGUGGGGCGGAACAUAAUCCGAGUCGGCUGCUCACCAGCACUGUCCGGAAGCGAUUGAGUUUGCUGUUGAAUCUCGGGAUACUAAACGGUGGAAGCUGCAAAACUGCCGGCCCUUUGGCAAUGCCAGGACGAUUUUCACAGCCGUCCUCAUGCCUCCGCUACUCGCAACUAAAGAUUUUUCUCCAACAACUCUACCGGGGGUUACUGCCCUUUGUCGCCUAUUGUCGGCCGUUGGACCCCUUCGUAGAAGAAUUGGAUCGUCGAGUGGUGCCUUUUUUGAAGGCGAAACGGCAACUACAAGCACAUCACGCGCCACGAGUGGCAAACGCAAAUAAAAGUCGCCAAGUAAACUUGUAUCGAGGAGAUCAUGCUGAUUUUCAAUUUUCCGUCGAGGACUUACUCGAUUGCUUUGUUUACCUGCAGGCGACAAACGGAAUGAGCGACUCAGACCACAAUUCCGCUGGAUACAACAACCACUCUGGGACCCAUCAGCAGCACCAGCUGAACGCAAUUUAUUUCUCACUGAACAGCAACACGCUUUCCCUGAAUGCCUGGCCCUGGAGCCGGGUAGUCCUGCUGUCGGAAAUGGUCGCGCAGACAAACGCGGUUUACCGGUUUGCCAAGAUCGGACGGCGGCUGGAGACGGUGAAACGCAGCGGGAGGUUGCUGCGGAACGGAUUGGUGCUGACGAUUUCUCCUGCUGGUUAUACUACGUCGACUAAUCAUGCCGGGACCGUAGCAGGAUCCGAAUUAUACCC